AUGGCUUUAAAACCGACCACGUGCAAGGAAGCUAUAGCUCGUUGGGAGAAGACUAAAGGUGAAAAUUCAACAGAAGCGAAAGUGAUUGAGCUCCAAUUCCAAUGGCCUCCUAUAGAAAAGAUGGAUGGCGCUCUAUCCACACUUGUAAACUGCGAAAAACUAAGCCUAUCAUCGAACAUGAUUGACAAAAUAGCUGGCAUUGCUGGCAUGAGAAACCUGAAGAUAUUGUCUGUCGGGAGAAACUAUAUCAAAUCUUUAGCAGGAGUGGAAACCGUAGCAGAGUCAUUAGAAGAACUAUGGAUAAGCUACAAUCCCAUAGAUAAAUUGAAAGGCGUCGGGGCGCUCAAAAAUUUAAAAGUUCUAUACAUGUCUAACAAUCUGAUCAAGGAGUGGGUGGAGUUUAAUAGACUGCAGGAUUGCGGUAACCUACGGGACUUGGUUUUUAUUGGCAACCCUAUAGUGAGAGCCAACCAGACGUGGAGACCUGGCGUACCCAGGCUUCUACUCGACUCCCACAAAUAA